GGGCCACAUUUGGGGCCAGCAGUGCAGAGUGGUCAGUUCGGGGUGGCCAGCGAGCGGACGGUUUUUGUGGCCAGUUUGCGGCCGGUAUACACGAGCAGCAGCAGCAGCAGCAGGAGGAGGAGGAGAGCCGACCCUUCCAGCGCCGCUCUCCGGGCGAUGCCAGUGUAAAUGCCAGGGCGAUGUCCCGACGCAAGCAGGGGAACCCGCAGCACCUGUCCCAGAGAGAAACAACACCAGAGGUUGAGCUCCCAGAUGGCAGCCUGCUCUCCGACUCUCUAUCCCUCCACCCGCUCCGCCUGCCCUCUCACCCUCUCGGCCUACCUCCCCACCCCUUGGACCCUAGUCUGGCCCACGCCCUGCCGUCCGGCCUCCAUGCCGACCACGACUUGCUGACCUGCGGCCAGUGCCAGGUGACCUUCCCGCUGGGGGACAUCCUCCUCUUCAUUGAGCACAAAAAGAAGCAGUGUCAAACGCCACUGCUGGCCAAUGGCUGCUACGACAAGAUGAGCGACGGGGGAGGAGGAAGGGGGAGUCCAACGCUGCAGAGCCUUCAUCACCACUCGCAGCGGGGGGAGCUGAGGAAGGUGGUCCAACCGGUGGAGAUUGGCAUCCAGGUGACACCAGAGGAAGAGGAGGAGGAGCUGGGAAGAGGUGAGAGGCGAAACAGGACGCCCAUCAAAGGAAUUUUCCCGAAGCAGGAGAACACAGCAGCAGGUGGCAGAGAUGAGCCUUCUAGCUAUAUAUGUACCACAUGUAAGCAGCCCUUCCCCAGCGCCUGGUUCCUGCUGCAACAUGCCCAGAACACCCAUGGCAUCCGCAUAUACCUGGAGUCCAACCCCUCCAGCUCCACCCUCACCCCACGCAUCACUAUGCCUCCACCCCUCGGCAACAACUCCAUCCCGCAAUCUCCCCUCAGCAACUUUCUUGGGGACAACAACCCUUUCCACCUCCUGAGGAUGACCGGCCCCCUUCUCAGGGAGCCUCCCCCAGGCUUCUUGGAGAACCGCCUCCCCAACACUCCUCCAUUCAUCAGCCCACCUCCCCGCCACCACCUGGACCCCCAUCGGCUGGAACGCCUUAGCGCAGAGGAAAUGGGCCUCAUCUCACAGCACCCCAGUGCCUUUGAGAGGGUGAUGCGCCUAACGCCCAUGGCCAUGGAGUCCCAGUCCAUGGACUUUUCCAGGCGCUUACGUGAGUUGGCAGGGAACAACAACAACACCACGCCACCAUUGUCACCAAGCAGGGCCAACCCUAUGCACCGACUACUGAACCCAAACCCCUUCCAGCCUGGGCCAAAAUCCCCUUUUCUGAGCACCCCUCCCUUACCGCCGAUGCCCCCAAACAGCACAACCCCUCCCCAGACACAGAACAAGGUCAAGUCUUGUGAGUUCUGCGGUAAGACCUUCAAGUUCCAGAGUAAUUUGGUGGUGCAUCGGCGCAGCCAUACUGGAGAAAAACCAUACAAGUGCCAGCUUUGUGAUCACGCCUGCUCUCAGGCAAGCAAGCUGAAGCGCCACAUGAAAACCCACAUGCACAAGGCUGGAUCCCUGACGGGGCGCUCAGAUGAUGGACUGUCCACCACAAGCUCCCCAGAGCCAGGUACCAGUGAUGUCACAGGUGAGGGCAUGAAGAAUCGUGACAGGGACUUUCAGGGGGAAGGCAAUGAGGAGGAAGAAGAGGAGGAGGAAGAAGAGGAACUUGAAAAUGAGAGUCGACCAGAUUCCAACUUCAGCAUGGAGUCUGAGUUCUACCGGAACAGGGAGAAUGGCUCUAAACUGCCAUCAGAGGAGAAAUCAUCACUCGCCCUUGAGAAGAUGGUGGUUGGUGGGGGGCUCAACUCUAUACAGCAGUACAAUAAUUUGAUAGUUGACAAUCGUAAAAGGAUGCCCUUCUCUAAGAGGGGCUCGGAUGGCCAGCGGGACACUGGGGAUGAGGACUCAGUUGUUGGAGAGAUCAACCACCACCAACAGGAAGAGAGAACAACCAUUAACGGCCGGAACUGUGGCUCCGGUGACUCUUUCUCAGGCCUGUUUCCCCGUAAGCCCACCCCUAUCACCAGCCCCAGCCUGUCCAACUCCUCAAAUAAAAGGAUCAAGAUUGAGAAGGACUUGGACAUUCCCCCAACACCCCACAUCCCCUCUGAGAACGUCUACUCACAGUGGUUAGUAGGCUAUGCUGCCUCACGCCACUUCAUCAAAGACCCUUUCCUAGGCUUCACUGACUCCAGACAAUCACCCUUUGCCACCUCAUCCGAGCACUCGUCCGAGAACGGCAGCCUGCGGUUCUCAACGCCUCCGGGCGACCUGUUGGAUGGAGGCCUGUCGGGCCGCAGCGGCACCGCCAGUGGAGGCAGCACACCUCAUCUGGGUGGAGGUCCUUGCCGACCUAGCUCCAAGGAUAGCAGGAGGUGCGACACCUGUGAAUACUGCGGCAAGGUGUUCAAGAACUGUAGCAACCUGACGGUGCACCGGCGCAGUCACACUGGUGAGAGGCCCUACAAGUGUGAGCUGUGCAACUAUGCCUGCGCCCAGAGCUCUAAGCUCACACGCCACAUGAAGACACAUGGCCAGCAUGGCAAGGAGGUCUACCGCUGUGACAUUUGCCAAAUGCCCUUCAGCGUGUACAGCACUCUGGAAAAACAUAUGAAAAAGUGGCAUGGAGAACAUUUGAUGACCAAUGAGGUCAAAAUUGAACAAGCAGAGAGAACCUAAACCAGGUUCACUGUUUCCAUACUCUUUGACUAAAAAAAUAAACAAAAGGGGGUAGCUGGAUACUCUUUUCUGAAAUGUUAAUUUUGGGUUAAUUUUCUGUUUUUAAGAAACUGCCAACUGAGAAAAAAAAGUGAAAACAGAGACCUUAAAACCAAUUGAAGCUGUCUAACUGCCUCUUUUGGGGUUCCUUUUUAAACAAUCAGUCAGUUGAGUUAUAACAUAUGUGGAGCCUUUAACUGUGCAAUAAUUUCUGUAUUUAUUGGAUUUUGUAUUUUGGCAUGUGCAGGUACAAUAUUAUUUAGGAUUUUUUUCUUAUUUGUUUUUCUUUAAUUUUGCGUUACUGUGUUAAAACCACAUGAUAUCCUGAGAGUUUUUUAGGAGACAAAGUCAAUUUUAAGUAAUUCUUCUGGCCGCUGCUUGUAGGAAAAUGUAUAUUACGCUAAACGUGUGAUUUCUUGAAGAGAAUUUAAAUUCUAUCUUCAAUUUGAAAGUGGCGUUAACUGAGAAUGCUAGAAUUAGUCUAUUUUGUGUGAUGAUGAUACGCGGACAACAAUCCUUUGGCAUUGUAGCAUAAACUGAGUCUAAAACAUGUCAAUAUAAUUGGAUAUGUAGCACUGAGCGUCAUAUUUGACAGUUAAUCUAAAAUCAAAGAGGAUCCCAAGGUUCAUAAACCCUGUCUCCUCCUGAGAACAUCAUUACCAGCCAGAAGAAACAGAUUCUAGAUAAGGCAGCUGCUGACUGGUACGACAACCAUCCCUCAUUUCUUCUGCUUUCCAUCCUCCCUCCAUUUAACCUACAUUCAUAGAUCCAUGUUUUAUAUUUUGCAUGAAGCCAUAUGAUCUAGGCUAUAUUAUUUAUUUGGAGUAAACUGAGCAUGAAGCCAUGCAAUACGAGUAUGCAUAGAGAUAGAUAGAAGAAUGAGACAACAGAGUAAUCACAGGGACAUCUCAGGGUGAGCUAUACUAUUUUUCUUGAUUGAACUAUUCACUCCUAUGCUUCCAAAAGCAUUUCCAUUUUAUAAUAUGUUGAGAUAUU